CAAGGGUGUGUUUGGCAGGGUAGCGGAGGACAUCCGGGUCUCAGGCAACGGGGACUGGAACGUGCGGCCGGAGCUGAAGCACACGUGGAAGGCCAGCCGCUUCUGCCCGCCCUCAAGGGGCCUCGGAUCUCAAGCCCUUCCAUCAAGGGUGUGUUUGGCAAAGCAGCGGAGGAUAUCCGCGUGUCGGGCAACGGGGACUGGAACGUGCGGCCAGGAGCUGAAGCACACGUGGAAGGCCAGCCGCUUCUGCCCACCGCUCAACGGGUACAACCGCGACAAGUUCUGCCGCGCCGUGGGGCAGAGGAACGUGGUGUUUGUGGGCGACCAGUCGCAGCUGGCACUGCAUGACGUGUUCAUCAACCACGUGCUGACGAUGAAGACUUCUAAGGAGAUCGGCACGGCUGCUGAUGCUUGGGAGGAGAACGAGAUCCCUCUGUGCCACCGCAAGCCGCACGUGGUGUGCUCGGACCAUGUGCCGGGGGGCUUCACCUUCCGCGUGGUGCACAACAACCUGCUCUCGCCUGACUCGGCUGGCGGCGGCAAGUUCAACCAGCGCUGGCUGCGGCACCUGCGGGAGUGGAACGCGUCCAUCGUGGUGCUCAACAAGGGCUUUGAGAAGAGACCAACUGCCAAGUACCUCUCCACGUUGCGAGCCUCCUUGGCGAAGCUGCGAGAGGUGGCGCCGGACGUGCUGCUGGUGUGGCGCAACACGUGGCGCGGCCACCCGGAUUGCGGCAACGCCAUGGAGCCCUUGAAGACUGUGCCGCACAACGAGACCAAGGAGAGCCAGUGGAGCUAUGUGGUGGAGCAAAACGAAGGGGCAAAGGCCAUUGUGAAGGAGUUCGGUGGGAUCUACAUUGAUUUAGACUGGUCGCUCUCCAUGCGGCCAGACGGGCACAUCAGGAAGCUAGACGGCUCCAUGGAUUGCUACUACUACUGCUUGCCUGGGCCCAUCGACCACUUCAUGCGGCUCUUCUACAACACUCUUCUUUUGCUCGACUCUAAACGAGCUGUAUCCAGCUCUCCACAAACUUGAGAUAUCAUGAAAUCAGGAUAUGGUAUUUUAGGUAGUAAGACAUCGGGUUUAUGAAGUGUACUCCCUUCUAUCAUAAGUGACGUGGCGAAUGGCGGAUGAAAUGCUUGCGUGUGCAUGACGUGGAGUGG